UGCAAUGCUCAGAGGCAUUUAGGAAGAGAAAGCACCGAAGGACAGAAUCACCUCUGAGCAGAGAUCUUUGAUAUUACAUUCUGUAUAUACAGUACAUUAGACUAGCUUUUCCAACCUGCUGCUGCCAUCCAACGUACAAUGCAUUCGAUCAGACCUUUCUUCUUUGUCCUGGGUUUGGUUGUGGCUUCUGUCGCAGCAAAUCACACAUUACCAGAGGUUUCAGAGAAAGUGAACAACAGUAAUGUUGUUAAUGACAGUAAUGGCAAUUCUACCAUUACCACCACUUUGACACCGUCCACCACUAACUACCAAACCAACACCUUCACUAUGACCAGUAUCUCCAGUACCGCCAGUACCAUGAAUAUCACCAAAACCAACAGCACCGUCACACCCCCAAUAACAAAGCAGAAUAGUUCUCAAGAUGACAAAGCCACUCAAAGUACAAGGUCCACAAUGUCCAAGACCACGCCUAAACCCUACCCAUCUACAAAACCACAAGAGAGGACAAGCAACAGAGCUGCGACCACUACAAUGCCAAAGGCAGCUGCAGGUGACAAGGCUGGCAUUAUCAUCCUUGUUGUGAUCCUCCUCAUAGCUUUGGGAUUUGGUGUUGCAUGCUACUUUGCACGGAAGAGAGACAGGCAGCGCUACUCUGUUGACUUGACUUCCAGACCGGAUGAAGCACACAUCCCUCUCAGCACUAUGGACCCUGAGAUGCCUGUUAAUACUGGGCCUCAGAACGGUCUGCAAACCUUUGUAGAUACAGAAACGACUAAAAAUGAGCCGCAAGAACCAGAGGCAAAACCUGAAGUACAAGAGGAGCAGAAACCUGAAGCUGAUAAAUCUGUUGUUGAUCCCAGCGCUGAGUCUGCAGCUCCGGCACCAUCCCCAGACAGCCCUGAGGACAAACCCAAAGAGGACGCUGCUGAGCAGAGUCCUCCCGCACCUGUGAAGCCAAGUGUGGAGGAGAAAACUGAUGAUGAAGGUGUUGUCUCCACUAAGACCUCAAUUGAAUCCCUUAAAGAGACAAAUGAGAACAACAGCAACAAUGCUGACGUCAGUCAGAAGAGAGAUUUGACAUCAAGCAACCUCUUUUGGGACAUUCCCCUCGAUUGUCCGGUGUGAGACUUGUCUCUCUGCCCCUGUGCUGUUCUUCAGGAACUCGAUUGAGGAAAGGCUCAUAAACUCAAGUGACCGCAGUGGAAAAUGACACUUCUGUGUGAGAAAUCUAGUUGGCUGCGGCAUCCUUGUUGGAAACAAAAAAAAACAAGCAGUUUUUUCAAAGUUAAACAUCAGCUCAGCUUUUUGUGUGUGUGUGUGCUUUACAAACAGUCACAACUUUCUGGAUUUGUAGACUAAAUGUUAAUAUUUUUUAGUAACACUAACGUUUUAUUUUAAGACCUUCCCCAAUUUAGCAUUUAUAUAACAUAGUAUGUAAGCAGAUUUCACUGUUUAUUAAUAUAUUUGUCAACAACAAGUCUUCCUGUGGACACCCAUUAGUGAGGGCUGCAUAUAAACAGAUAAUGAGAGACAAUAUUGUAGUUGUAACAGUUGGAGAAGUUAUAAUUACUGACAAACAUUAUACAUUAUAGUCUAGAUUCAUAAUCAGUUUUAUUUGCCAGGUAGGCGUGCACAUUCAAGGAAUUUGACUGUGGAUUAUACAUUGCUCAUACAGUAUACAGUACACACUCCAUAAACCAAAGCAGCACCAUUGUAGACAGAUUGAGAUUGCAAUGAAAUUAAUAAAUGAAUGAAUGAGUGUCUUAAAAAUCAUUUAUUGAAUGUGUGUAUACUGCUUAUGAAUACUAAAUAGGGGGACUUAAAGUAGAGCGUUAGUGGUAAAACUUUACAAUAAUGUAUAACAGGGAAUGUUAGUUGUUAAAAUAAAUAAUGUAAAUGGAAAGAUGUUGUUGAAGUGUAAGUGUAAAUAUGAGUAUUGAUGCUUUUUUUAAAUCUAUUUUUUAUAUACAGGGAGAAUGCACAUUGAUUGGCAUCACUGUAAAUGUGCCUAAAGGCUCAUUUUCAAUUGCUGUCCCUUAACCUAAUGUUAAAUUAGCCAUUAGCAACUCCCCAGCCAAAGAUAUCCUGGGAUAGGCUCACAAGCUGGUAACCUAAAACUGCUUAUUACACGUUAUGAGAUUUUUUACCCCUGUUUUUUGUCACAUAACAGUAUUUCUGGUAAGCUUUUACAAAAGAGAAUAACAAUAAUAUAUAAAUAAACAAGUCAAUAUAGGAUUGUCAGAUUUGAAUCAGUGUUUCUAUUCAAUUUAGGAUGCAAUAUUUCUGUAGAUGCUGCAUUUUGCUUUUUGCUGUUCCACUUUCCGUUAUGCUGAAAAAUUGCUAUGAUGUGAAUGUCAUUUGAAUGUAUUAAAAAAAAUAUUCUAACAUUG